AUGAGCGAAAAAGACGAUAUAGGGGAUAAUGGUCAAGAUAAUCGGGUGAAAAGUGAUGAAGGGGAGAAAAAGUCACAAUGGGCACCUGCAUCUCCUUACCGUAUUGGUCAACUUAAAAAUAAGAGUGAAAGACGGGGACGAGAGGCCACAAAAGGCAACAAGGCGCAAAAUACACUGGCGUGGAGAGCAACAGCGAAGCCGCUUCCUGAACUUCCUAGUCGGAAGCGAGAAAUUCAAUCGUCAAGUAGAUCAUUUCAAGACCCAACACUUCCCUUACAACAGCCACACUCAACUUCGAAUGAGAGAAUCUUGGAUCGCGUCCCAAGUCUUGGGACUGGUAUUAGAACGUAUCAGCCUUAUGGAGUACGACGGACGAACGACUUCUACCUCCCAGGGGUUGUGAUCAGUGCAUAUCAUCAUAUGACGCCGAACAUCACAGCUGGUAUGAAGGAGAGUGGAGAUCUACUCCUCACACCACGAUUACAAUGGAUUUUAAGUAAAAGGCGGAAGUUUAUUGUUGUUGAACGACACGUCAAUCAUUGCAUUACCAUCCCCAUAUACACUUAUGGGAAGAAAGGCCUCGCAGAAAAGUACAGUCUCACAAACGAGUAUAUCGGAGUGUUUGACUCGGCCGAAACUGGUGACCAUAGAAGCCAAAGCCCUGAGAACGGGUAUGUUUUGGGAGUUCGAGCGACGGAAUUCAGCGACGCUCAGAGAGGCGAAUUUCAUUACUUUGAUGGCUUGAGUUACGCCCACCUCACAAGUCCAGUGUGUUUUGACUACGCCUCACCUUCACUACAUGAGGGAAAUAUAGCUGUUAAGGAUAUCGAGAGAUUACUUGCUAAGUAUUAUGGUUGUAUGCCCAAAGAUAGAGUAUCCCCACCGAAAGAGAAGUGGCUUGGGGAGAUGGAAGUGGCAUCUUUUGAAAAAGAACGUAAAGUCUGA